AUGUUUGCUUGGAAGGACUCUUGGCUCGCCAAAGGCCGCACGGCCUUCUCCAUGUGUUCCGGCGUUGGAACUGCAGAGGCAGCAAGGGCUGUCCUGGCCAAGACAGUUGGCAGCGACCCUGUACAUGAGCACCCCUUCGAAAUGGAUAUGCGUACAGAAAUCAACCCGGCAUGCCACCAGAUAUUGCUGGACAACCACGCGUGGUGCAACGAAGCAUGUGGCAGGUCGGAUCCUUUGCCACAUAUGUUUGGUGAUACCCUGGACCUGACCUCAGCACGAUUUGCAGCUUCACACUGCUACGCCCAAAAGCGGCGCAGAGUGCUGGGAGCAGCUAUGAUGCCAGUAACGAAGUGCAAGUCCCACAAAAGUUUGCUUGGCUGCCCACUGCCGGAUGCUCACUUCGGAUGCAGCGGCCUGCCGUGCACUGAUAUGUCAGCAGCUGGACUGCGCCAGAAGAAGGAGGGACCUACAAAUGCGGUGUACAUGAGCCAUGGCAGGUUUGUUGAGGCAAGGAGGGAACUUGACAUGGACAUGGCGCAGGACGUCCACCCGCAGUAUGACUUGUACCAGCUCUUUCUUGACCCCUCUGACACAGGACACGGAGGGGCAGCGCGCCCAAGGACCUAUGUGAUAGCGUCCAGAAUUGGGAAAACCUCUUGCAAGCAAGAUCCCUUUGACCUUCUGGAGGCAGUCAGGAGAGUUACUAGGCGCACCCAAACGGUCCCUGGCGAUUACUGUUUGGCCGACACGUUCGAAGUGAACCUUGAGGCUAUGCAUGUAGCCAACCAGCGAAAUUUGGAAUGGAGUCCCGGAGGCGAAAAUGAGGAGCUCGACCUAAGGUCAUUGCUGCUGAAGCGCGAACAAGAUGCUUUGAACUACUACGAGGACAUGUAUUUGGCUCGGUUCCAGAGGCCGGCAGCCAUGGACAGGAACCUGAUGGUGUAUUUAGGGGACAAUCCCUGGUCACGUCCCUGUUGGAGCGCCUGUAGUGGCGCCAUACCCACGCUCAGGGUGGGCUCGCGGUCUGGAAAGAUGUGGAUACCAGCUCUGCGCCGGUGGUUGGUCAGCCGGGAAAAACUUGCGGCCAUGGGAUGGCCCAUCACCCGGCAGGCAGCCCAGGCGAUGAUGUGUCCGGAAGUUCCUGUUCGUGACAUCAUGAGAAGUGCGCAGCUGGCGGGGGCUGCGAUGCACUUUAACACCGUGGCCUUGGCCCAGAUGCUGGCGUUGUCAUGUUUCGGCCCGCUGGACUUGUAG